AGCUGAUCAUUUACACCAAACAAAAGCCCUCGGAAGUGUCGCGUGUGAUUUUUUUAUUCAGGAAAGAGAAACUACAGAUUCAAGUUUAAAAAUGUUACCAAACAAAUCGCUGACGGAAGAACGACAUAAAGCGCGCCAGCAUUAUCAGAUUUAUUAGCUUCGAUUCUGUCUGUAUUGGAGGAAUUUCUGUCUGAAUUGUAACGCUGUAAAUGAACACAGCAGGUUUAAACUGUCUCUAACUGAUGGAGAAUUAAGUACAUUUGUGCCUAUUGUUUACUAGGUUUGAUCGUGUUUUCAAUUCAAAACGCUCGAUUUUACCUCGUAAUCGAUUAAUCGGACCGCGACUGUUGAUCCGAGAGGAAGGUGUGGGUCCAGAAUGACUCUGGCAGUGUUUUUUGGUUGUGCCUUCAUAGCGUUUGGUCCCGCUUUCGCCCUGUUUGUUUUCACUGUCGCCAAAGAUCCUUUAAGAAUCAUCAUUCUGAUCGCAGGGGCGUUUUUUUGGCUGCUGUCUCUGCUAUUGUCUUCUCUGGUCUGGUUCAUUGCUGUGAAGGCCAGCAACUCUCAGGAUCCCAGUCUUCCCAGGGGUCUGCUGAUUUUUGGGGUUUUCUUUUCGGUUUUGCUCCAGGAAGUGUUUCGGUUUGCCUACUACAGACUGCUCAGGAAGGCCACUGAGGGUCUGGCAGCCAUUAGUGAUGAUGCCAGUUCGGCCAUUUCCGUCCGGCAGAUGGCUUACGUGGCUGGAUUGGGUUUCGGGGUCAUGAGCGGUGCAUUUUCAAUGAUCAACAUCCUGUCUGACUCUCUGGGUCCCGGGACGGUUGGCAUCUUUGGAGACUCGCAGUAUUACUUCAUUACAGCUGCACUGAUGACUCUGGCUCUGACGCUGCUGCACACAUUUUGGGGCGUCCUGUUCUUUGAGGGCUGUGAGAAGAGCUGCUGGUGGGUCAUCGCUGUCGUCGUCAGUCUCCACCUGUUAGUCGCUGGCCUGUCUCUUUUGAACCCGCUGUAUGAAGGCAGUCUGCCUCCUGUGUAUUGCAUUACUCUGCUGAUGGGCAUCUGGGCUUUCUUCUCCUCUGGAGGAUCCCUGCAAAACCUCAGUGCACUCUGCACACGCCGGAAAGCUGAAGCGGAGUCUUCAUAAGAUGCUUUUAGUCGUCCCCAGUGAGAUCCAGGACAACAGAACGGCUGAGGCUGCUUGACUGAAUAGCAGCGGUUUAUGAAAGAGCACAUUCACCAGCUCAAAGCCCUGAGGGGAUCCAGACACGUCUCCUCCGGCGUCCAGGAUCUCGACGGCGCAGACUGUCUCUCAAACGCUGUAAAUAGCUUGAUCUGAAUGCAAAUCAAUAAGACAGAUCUGAAAUGUUCUUUUGUUUUGAAAGCAACAUUCUCUGGCUCUUGUGAAUGGUUGUGGUUUUGAACUUACUUUGUUGAUGUCGGUACAUUUCUGAAUCAAGCCUUAUUGUCCGCCCGCUUUAAGGGGAGGAGUGAAACCUGAGCACCUUCAAGCCCAAAGUAUACCUCUUUUUUAUUUAUGUGUACACUAUGCACAAAAUCAAACACAGACUUUAAUGUAAAUUCUAUUUGAUAUCGUCAAGUCCAAGAUAAGGAUUUUUAGUCAAAUAACUGGUCAGAGCAAGUUACUGAAUAUCCUUUUUUGCUUUAAUUUCAGAUUAUUCAACACUACAUCUUUAAUGCUUAAUUAUGCGUGUCUUUUUAAGUGUAGGCUGUUUUUACAAUAAUAUAGCAUUUUGUACACAGUUUAUUUUUAUUAAAAUAAAUAUAAUUCAAUUUGAUGGUAAUACAGGGAAAACAUCCAUUGGAUCUGUCAUGUUUUUUUUUGUAAACUCGUUCACAAGAUGGUAAGCUUAAAGAAAAUCCUGAAUUUCCAACGCAAUACGGCAAAUCGAAACUUUUCGAUAUGAUGGCUAAUUUGUAUGAAAUUUUUGAAUUUGUAAAUUUUUUUUAUUAUUGUUAUUUUCAACUUUGAUUAGGGUUGUGAUUAAUUGAAAUUGAAUCGCAAUUUAAAACAUUGCAAUUAGCUAAUCGCAAUAGGCUGUGAUAUGAAAUAUAUAUGCAUUAUUUAAUUUUACCCACCUAGAGCAAAUGCGUGACUGCCGUCUGUGUUUAAUAGUUUUACUAGCCAAUUGAGUGACCACACUUUCGUUCUGCCCAAUCAGAAUUCCGCAACCAAACUAUGCAGAACGGCCACAAUAAAAGCAAAAAAAACAUACAGGAAAGCGUGGACAAUUGGGAUAAUGGUGUCUGGACAGGACAUCGGUAAUAUGGGAAUAUUUUAGUUUUAAAGUCACAGACACCAAACAAAAACGGGUCAUUUUUAAGAGCUGUCACACAAAUGUUGCCAUGGCUUAUUGAGCUGAAGCUUGAAUACAAAAUUAAAUCGCAAUAUUUCCGAAAAAUCGUAAUUCGAUAUUUUCCCUAAAUCGCACAACCCUCCCUUUGUCCUUUGAUAGGACAGUAGAGAGUAUAGACAGGAAAGCAUGGGGAGAGGAGAGAGGGGAAGGAUUGGCAUAGGGUUUCGAGGUGGGAAUCGAACUUACCAUUAAACACUAAACCAUUGGUGCCGACUUUGUACAUUUUGGUAUGAUUUGCUCAUCCAUCAAUGAUAGUUUUUAAAAACUGUGCUUUUUCAUUCAUUCAUUUUCUUUUCGGCUUAGUUCCUUUAUUAAUCUGGGGUCACCACAGCGGAAUUAACCGCCAACUUCUAGCAACAGCUCAUCAUUGGGAAACAUCUACACACUCUUUCUCACAGAUACACUAUUGACAAUUUAGCUUACCCAAUUCACCUAUACUACAUGUUUUUGGACUGUGGGAGAAACCCACACAAACACAGGGAGAACAUGCAAACUGACUCAGCCAAGGCUCGAACCAGCGACCUUCUUGCUGUGAGGUGACUGUGCUACUGUGAUGCCUCGCUUUUUCAUAUAGAUGAAUUUGUAUCAUUUUGUAUGAUUUAGCCUCUUUUCUGACAGAUGUACGAUAGUUACAUUUCUUCGCAAGUUCAGGCAGGAAUUUCACCCUUAUAGUUAGCAUUGGUUCUUAAAGAUCUCGCAUAAACACUCAUUGUAGCCUGAUAUGCACCAAUUGCACAAAAUUAGAUUAAUCUAUUCAUCUAUCAGUAUUUUUCUCUUUAAAACUGUGUAAGAUCAUGUCCUUUGAAACAUCAUCUUUAUAUUUUUACACAUUUAAAGCUUAAGACUUUUAACAAUUUUUUAAUUCUCCAAACAAGUGUAUCGAACAAUGUGUUUUUCUAUUGUUGCUUCAGCAGUCUCUUGCUGUAUUUUUUAAGUUCCAACUGUGAAACAAACAGGUUAAAGGCUCUGGUAUACUUUAAACUGAAUUUUUUUAGUUCUUCAUUUGAGGGCAUAAAGAAUUUCGAAAAGGCUUUAGUGACGGUAUACUUUUUUUUCGACAAUCUGACACCCCUCUGCUGCAGGAGGUGGGGUUUAAACGUGUCUGCUUAAGUGUAGGCUACUGCUAAACACAACAACAUUGGCGGCUGAGAAAGGAGAUCAUAAAUGUCUGACAAACAGCCUUCACAUUGAUUUAUAUUUGCCAUGGACAGACACCAAAGGUAAUCACGUUUAGAACUUUAUCAAAUGUAAAAUGAUCAAAGGAUUCAGCUGAGCAUUUCAACUCUCAAAGCAUUUCAAUUUUCAAAGCUGAGUCUUUCCACAAGUAAUAGUACAUGUGCGAAUACAUCUAUACUAGCUGUGCUACUCCACCCUCCAGUGUAUUCAUGUUGCUAUCUUGGUGUUGUUGUGCUGGAUAUUUUUCUCCUGUCUGAUUCUGAACUCUGAAGCACGUCUAAGAUGGCUGAGUUUUAGAACACACCCAUUGAUUGCGUAAUUGCCAUGGAUCAAUGGCAGAUAAAAGGUGUUUAGGACCAAAACGAAAUCCCCCCCACUCCCCCUGUUUCAAACUGCCAAAACAAACCCAAAAAGAGCUUGGUUUUGGCUGGAUUUUAUUCAAAAUGAUGUCAUUUCAGGGUUUUUUUUCCGAUUUCAUUUGAAGUACUGAGGCCUGUUGACACUUUUCGAACAAAUUAAGUGAUGUAAAAACAACUGAAGCUGCAGGUGUGAUCAGCACUUGCGUUGUAUAUGCGGUUAGAAUAAUUGGGCUGUGAAAGUCACAUGAUGCGCACUAUUCUCAAUGUAGUGUACUGAUGAAAUCUGAAGUAUACUUUGGGCUUUAGGAUGUUUCACUCUUCUUUACUAAUGUUAUUUUCACUAUUUCACACAUACAUGUGUAUAUAAGCCUAUAAGAGUCAAGAGCAUUUCACUUACUGACAUUUACAGUGUUGUCAAAAGUACCGACUUUAUAUUAAAAAUAAUCAUUUUUUAGGUGUCCUUUUACCUCUAACAUUUAAAGCGCCGUUUCAAAUACUCCAAUGUCUAGAUCAGUAUCAAGCGAUGAUCAUUGUAGCCAAUCACAGGCAAAUCUGUUGAGAAGUAAACACGAUGGCAAGUGUGUAAAGUCCAUAUAAGCACACAUUGUUAGGUUUAAAUUGAACAGUUAAAAUGUGCAAGUUAAUCCACAGGAGGAAAAAAAAAGUAUUUUUGGUCAACUUUAACUAAAAACUGACCGUUUUCUUCCUCUCUGUUGGCAAAGUGGCUUAGUGGUCUGCACUGUUGCCUUACAGCAAGAAAGGAAUAAAGCCCUGCUCAUACUGUGAGAUUUCAGCCACGAUUCUGUCAUCUGAGACAAAUUUGGGAAAUCCUUAAAGAUUCCUGAAAUCCUGAGCUAAAAUCUGUGGUCUUUGAUCGUUGGUUUGACCUGUUUUCAGACAGCCCGUUAGUGCCCGUGCCCGUUGCGAUCAGAUUUUUCCUUCGAUGAAGUGCUGGCAGUUUGUUUACAGAUUGUUUACGUUUGCUGUGAGGAAUCAUUUCAGAAUGCAGCUGUCACGGCUGGAUGACAUCAAACUUAGGGGAAGUUUUCUUCCAUGUUUGCCGCGUCGUUCAGUCUGACAUUCUGACAGGUGAGAUCAUACGGUGUGACAUGGAAGCCAUGUAUGUGCAGUCAGACAAUGCUACAAUCGUUCAGGAUUAUAAAAAAUCCCACAGUGUGAGCCGGCCUUAAGACGAAGGAAAAUGAAUGAAUGCUUCCUGUCUGAAAUGACAGUCCUUCUGUGAAAAAUGUUUAGCCACGCCCCUUCAAGUGUUAGUGUGCUGCAAAUGAAAGAUGAGAGGAGGAGCUGAAAAAUAAAGCUCCGCCCCCUACUUGAUAUUCAGUUUCAGUUGGAAAUACGUCUUCAAACUGACAUAAAAGUCUGCAUUAACUUCCGCUUCACACAGAUUUUAACUUUAAGUACUGAUUGGUCCUGCAAGUCACUACUUUUGACAACCCUUUCUAAAUUGUCGUAUACAUUUCAAAACAAGUUCUUGGUGUUGUGACAACUGAAUGCACAAUGUGAAAUUCAACGUCUCAAAAGGAACAACUGUCCUGCCCAUCUCAAUGUGUAAUUAUGCAGUUCAUAAACUGAGUGGUCAUCACAGUGUGUCAUUUUUCAGUGAUAUGCUGAAUCAUUUAUAUAACACUUUAUUUUACUGUGAUCUUGUAACACGUGUACUUACUAUAGUAAUAAAUACAAUUAUGCAUAAUCACAUGCAAACCAAAACCCUAGUCCUCUUAAAAACAGCGCAUUGUGUUAUAUAAUAUAACUAUGUAGAGGUGAAGUCUGAAUUAUUAGCCCCCUCUCUAUAUUUUUCACCCAAUUUUUGUUUAACGGAGAGAUUUUUUCAACACAUUUCUAAACAUAAUAGUUUUAAUAAAUCAUCUCUAAUAACUGAUUUAUUUUAUCCAUGCUGUUAUCACAGUACAUAAUAUUUCACAAGAUUUUUUUAAGAUAAUAGUAUUCAGCUUAAAGUGACAUUUAAAGGCUUAACUAGGUUAAUUAGGAAAGUUGGGGUGAUUAGGCAAGUCAUUGUAUAAUUUUGGUUUGUUCCGUAGACGAUGGGGAAAAUAUUGCUUAAGGGGCUAGUAAUGUUGAUUAGAGCUGCAUGAUUAAUCGAAAAAAAGAUCGCGGUCUCGAUUCGACCCUACACACGAUCUUAAUCCAGGUUUUCUACGAUUCUGCCAAUUAUAUUUCAUGACAUUUAUAUGUCAGGAGAGAAGUGUAAAAGUCUAUACAACAACAUGGACAGCAAUGAGGAAAAUGGACAUCUCCAAAUGGCGUUAAAAGUCUUACAUACUGUAUUUAUAAGGUAUAAUUCACCCAGAAAUGUCAUUUCUGUUUUAUGCAAUGAUGUAGCAGCGACUGCGAAAAUGUUUGUUUACUACCGAGAGUACGCGCAUGUGUCCACCUCCGCCAUUGAUGUCUACUUUAGUGAACAGAACCUGCAUAGGCUGUGAAUAACAGCUAAUAAAGUUGUAAAAAACGUUUGGUUUGUUGCACAGAGCGAUCGUUUGGGAGUGAAAUAAAUAUUUACUUGAUCAGUAUAACUACUCUAGUCUAUAUAAUGUUGAAUAUAAUGCUAGAGGGAAUCUGAUAAUGACAAAUGUUUAAUUUUACCAGUGAAAAAAAUGGUCUAAUAAUGUUGUCAAUGACAAAUGACAAGCGUAUGUCUCAAACACAAUAAUUCAACUUCAGAAUUAUAAAUAGUUGUGUUCUGAUGUCAUCACUUUACUGUGAAUUAAUAAACAGGACAUAUGUAAAGUCUGUUCAAGUCCACCAUUCCAAGUCUAUACAAAAUUUAGCAUUUUAACCAACAGUAGACCUACUCAUAGGCCUAAUAUUAUUGUUGUUUUACCAUGUUUGAGAAAUAAUAAUAAUAAUAGCCUACUCAUGUUAACCUGUAUUUUACAUCUACAGAAUCGUGAGAAAAUCGUGAUCUUCAUUUUAAGCAAAAAAAAUGUGAUUCCCAUUUUAGCCAGAAUCAUGCAGCUCUAAUGUUGACCUUAAAAUGAGUUUUAAAAAAAUUAAAAAACUACUUUUAUUCUAGCCGAAAUAAAACAAAUAAGACUUUUUCCAGAAGUAAAAAUAUUAUAGGAAAUAUUUGAAAAAUUCCCUGCUCUGUUAAUCAUCAUUUGGGAAACAAGAAACAAAAAUUCACAGGAGGGCUAAUCAUUCUGACUUUAACUGUAUACUUAACUGUAUGUUUACACUGUAACGAGGACACUUAAAACUAAAGUGAACCAUCUUUUGUUGUUUGUAGCUCAAUUGUUUAAUAUAAAGCAGGAAAGUUCUUUUUUUUUAAAUAGUUCUGACAACUGAAUGCAACCUUUAAACAUACGAACAGAAAGCAAUAUCUGGAUAUUCCAGAAUCUUCUGUUCAUCAAUAGGACAGUUCACCUAAAAAUGAAAAUUCUGUCAUCAUUUCUUAUCCAAUGACUUUCUUUCUUCUAUUCAAUACAAGUGAAGAUAUUUUGCCGAAUGUUGGAAGCCGUUAGUCAAUGAUUUCCAUACUUUUCUACACUAAAAAAAAAUAUGUUUGUUGUUUGUUCAAAUUACAAUAUGAGUUGAACCAACACAAUUCUUACGUUUUUUUUUUGGGAAACUUAAUUGUUUUAUGUUCAGUCCAUUUAAAUUUGUAAAAACUAUUAACUUAAUCACCUCAGCAAGAAGGUCGCUGGUUUAAGUCCCGGCUAGGACAGUUUGCAUGUUCUCCCUGUGUUGGCGUGGGUUUCCUAUGGGUGCUCCGGUUUCCCCCACAGUUCAACGACAUGCGCUGAGUAAAUUAUGUAAACUACAUUGGCCGUAGUGUAUGUGUAUGACUGAGUGUGUAUAAGUGUUUCCAAGUACUGGGUUGCAGCUGGAAGGGCAUCCACUGUGUAAAACAUAUGCUGGGUAAGUUGGCGGUUGAUUCCGCUGAUGAAUAAAGGGACUAAGCCGAAAUAAGAUGAAUAAAUCAAUGAAUUUGUGUUGAGACAACAUGAAGGAAUUGUGUGAAACCCUAGAUUUUUUACAUUGUACUAUACUGAAAAAAAUGCUGGGUUUCAUUUAAUCAAUUUGUAUUGGGACAACAUGUAGAAAUUAGGUUAAAUGAUUAGUUUUAAGUGGAUUGAACAUAAAACAAUUAAGUUGUCCUUCCGAAAACUCAAGAAUUGUGUAGUUUCAGCUCAUUUUAAAUAAGUAGUUUGAACAAACAAACAGCAAACGUAAUUUUUUUGAGUGUAUGGUUGUCAGUGGCUGCUGAUAUUUCCAGCAUUCUUCAAAAUAUCUUAUUUUGGGUUCAACAGAAAGAAAAGAAACUCGUUAAGAUUUUUUGAGUACAUUGAGUACAUUUUUGAGUGAACUAUCCCUUUAAAUCUGCUUCAUAACUGGUGCUGCCUGUUGGCCAUGUUUUCUUCAGUUGUAGUAUCUGAGACUUACUCUACACUGCUAGGUUUUACACUUGUCUUUGCGGUUUGGCUUUAAUUCUUAUCCCAGCACAGUAACACCACAGCGAUCACUUGCAGUAUUUUCCUGUCAUUUAGUCUUAAACCACAUUGACCACGCUUAUUGCGGUACAUCACAGAUCACACCUUUGUUUUUCUGGAUGUUGGCAGCUCAUUGUGUCAAGGCAUGAAUUUCAUUUGAUUAUGUGUUGAAUAUGAUCAGCACACUUCAUCUCCAGUAACCACCAACACUUCUGUACAUUAACGUAUUAUUUUCUGUACUCAAUUUAUGCUUUACGUUGGACAUUUUGUGUUAAAAACUGUGCAGAUCAAACUCUCUCUACAUUCUGUUCUGUAUAUUUGGACACAAUAACUCGGUGCUUAUCUGAAUUUGAAGUAUAAAAGGACUUCUUGUAAUUAUGUAACAUUUUAAUGCUGCUUUAUAUAAAGUUUCUAAAAAAUAUGAUGUGCCAAACAGGGAAUCGGAUUACUGUUUAUAUGCAAAAUUGGAAAGAGAUUAAAGGCCCUGUUAAUCAGUUUA